GUACGUCUUGUGAGGGUAGAGGUCCCCGUCCCAAUCCACCUGCAGAAGGUCUGACCACGAUGACUUUCCCACCGUGUCGGAGGGUGAUGGGGCUGCUUUGUUUACUUCUCGUCCUCGCUCUUGAGGCGGAUGCGAUAGAUGACACAGCGUGUGACCCAGGAUGCCAAGUCCACCGCUUCACCUCCGUGGGCACGCCUCUGACGAAGGACAUCUCGAGGAUCUUCUGGUGGCCCGAGGGCGACGUGGAGGAGCUGUCCCUCGUUGGAGAAGGACUCGAGGUGAGCGUCGCCAUCGAGGAGGAGCAGAGGAACAUGUGGCACGAGAUUGAGGUCAAGGCCGAGGUCGAGGAUGUCAGGCGGAGAUUAGAAUCCUACAGCGUUAUCAUCCCUUCUCUGGGCGUGAACGAGAGCAGGAUCUGCACCCACCCGGACUGCGGUGCCAUGGGCGUGGGCGUGAAAAGCAGCAUAUCCAGUUUAUGGGCACUGCAGUGUAGUGUCCUCCCCUGUGACUGUCGCCACAACGCCAAAAUAUUGCGAAGGAAGACGAGGUUAGUUGCUAAGGAGGUUGUGUGUCUGGUAGCGUUGGUUAGUUAGUUUGUUGGUCGGUUG